AUGUCCUUUUUUAAUUUAAAUUCACGAACACGAACAUUAACAUUCAAACCUAAGAAAAUUGAGGAAAACAAAAGACGAUUCCUUUUGAAAGAAUAUACAAAGGAAACUCUUGGAUCUGGUUCUUUAGCUCGAGUUGUCCGUCUCCCAGAAGGUGAGGAUCUUAAUGAAUGGCUCGCAUCCAAUACUGUUGAUUUUUAUAAUCAAAUAAAUAUGCUCUAUGGAACAAUAACUGAAUUUUGUCUAAGUGAAACAUGUCCAAUGAUGUCUGCAGGGUCACAAUAUGAAUAUUUAUGGCAAGAUUCUAAUAAAUACAAAAAACCAACAAAAAUGAGUGCGCCAGAAUAUAUAGAAACCUUACUUCAAUGGGUUCUUUCUUUUAUUGAUGAUGAAUCGGUAUUCCCGACAAAAAAUGGUUUCCCCUUCCCCAAAUGCUUUUCUUUAAUAAUUCGUCAAAUUUACAAGCGCCUUUUUCGAGUAUAUGCACAUAUUUAUUGUCAUCAUUUUUCUGCUAUUGUAGCAUUAGGAGAAGAAGCUCAUUUAAAUACUAGCUUUAAACAUUUUAUAUUCUUUGUUAAUGAGUUUAACCUUAUUGAAAAGAAAGAAUAUGCACCACUGCAAGAACUUGUCGAUAGUUUUAUUACCAAUGAAAAAUAA